AGGGAGCCCUGAAUAUCCAUGAAAAGGCAUGGAAUGCCUAUCCUUACUGCAGAACCGGUGAGUUGUUCUAGUCGAUGAAAGAAGACUUUCUGAUUAAAAUUGAAACUUGGCACAAACCAGACCUUGGCACCCAGGAGAAUGUGCAUAAAUUGGAUCCUGAGUCAUGGAAACAUGUGGAAACCAUAUAUAUAGACAUUGCAGAUCGAAGCCAAGUACUUAGCAAGGAUUACAAGGCAGAGGAAGAUCCGGCAAAAUUUAAAUCUAUCAAAACAGGCCGAGGACCCUUGGGAUCCAAUUGGAAGCAAGAACUUUUAAAUCAGAAAGACUGCCCAUACAUGUGUGCAUACAAAUUGGUUACUGUCAAGUUCAAGUGGUGGGGCCUGCAAAACAAAGUGGAAAACUUUAUACACAAGCAAGAGAGGCGUUUGUUUACAAACUUCCACCGGCAGCUGUUCUGUUGGCUCGAUAAAUGGGUUGACCUGACUAUGGAUGACAUUCGAAGGAUGGAAGAAGAGACGAAGAGACAACUAGAUGAGAUGAGACAAAAGGACCCAGUGAAAGGAAUGACAGCAGAUGACUAAAGCCACCCUCACCUCUGCACUUUCUCCAAGACAGUGGUCACAGGAAGACCCAGCAGCUCCACCCUCCCAAGUGACAGGCCAUCUUCGGAAGCAGCCUUUCUGUGCCCAUUCUUCAGGCAACUUUCAACCCCUUACUGUAGCUAAUUCUAGAUGCCCUUUAAUAUUGUGAACAAAUAGACCGUCCGGUAUUAUGAAGCCCAUGUGUGCGGGAGCCUGCUCCUCUGAAAUAUGGUGUAUAGGUUGCUGUAUUUGCAGCUCCUCUCCCUCUCAUAUUGUGUUCACACCCAUUUCUGUGUGCGUCCCCUCCCCCCCCCACCUUUGUUUCCCAAUGACUUUUUAGUCUUUCAAAAUAGCUACCUUUUGUGAUGUGAUAACUGAAAUGAUUUAAGUUUGUUUUUUACCUUGGGGUGUGGUUUUGAGUACUCACCUGGAGAGAGGGGAAGGGUUGGAAAUAGUCUAUUCUCAGUUCCACAGAGCAGUGUCGUGGUUUCACUACUCUGAUCUCUGCCACCAGUGACCCAUUGUUAGAGUACUCUAGGCACCAAGGAAGUACCCAAGGCCCAACCAGUCCCUGUAUUAAAAAUUUAACAAAUACAGAUAACCCUUGCCCUGGGCACUGAAUCUCUGCUCACUCUUCUUAGAGACACCUAUGGCUUCUUAGCCCUCCUGUUGCCCACUCUGUCUGCUGAGCCCCUAGUAAGUCCCAGUCGGCUCUCUGCCUGAAGGGGCCUAUCCCAUAUGCCCCUUAGAAUUGAGUCUGUCCCAUAUAUACUAAUUAGCCUCCCCCCCACCCCAGGAGCUCUGUAUGUCCAUGCUCCUCUUCCCUUUUGGGCUGGUGCUGCCACUCAGCAAUAAUCCCCUUUUUUCUGUGCUUUCUUGGAUUCCUGUCCUGUCUUUGAAGCUGGUCAGGACAUAAGAGCUCUGAUCUUUUCAUGCUGCAAAAAAUAAGCAUGCAUAAGGCUUUUCCCCAGCAGAACAUGUUCUCUCUUGGCUCGAGUUGCUGGAAAGGAAUUUAGGGGAUCAAUAAUUCAGUUCAUCCUCCCCCCACCCCACUGAGUUUUGCCCUGGACAAUCAGAAGCAGGUAGUGUUUGUAGUACAGAACUCUACCAGAGUAGGCCAGUGAGAAAUCGCCAGCACCAAGGGAGCAGAAGCUGCUGAGUCCUUCACAGUUUCUUGUGACUUGGCAGAACAUGAAUAUGCCUUCCCACUAAGGGAAUCAGAUAGCUGUGGUGUCACCUGGCAUUUCCCAAUGCUGGCCAAGUGAUCCAAACCCAUGCUGACCUGGAUCCAGCUGCUACAGAAUGACCAAAUCUCAGCUGGGGAGUGAAAAAUAGGAUGGGAUGAUGCAUCCUUGUGUUUUGUCAGGUUGUUUUGCCUUACUCAUUUCAAAGUGCAAUGAGGGAGUAUCUCAAGGUUGCAUCUAUGACACCCUGGUGGAUGCUUCCCUGUGAUCCUCUCAGGACGAGCUUGGACGGUCUUGGACCCCCUUGGUGUGGUUAGCUCUGGCCUUCAUUGAAACCCCUUUGGGACCAAGUGUCCCAAUACACCUUCCUGCUAGUCUCCUCUAGCAGACCUUGUGAGGUCUAUAGUAAUGGGUCUGGGACAAUUCACUUGGUUAUUAGCAUCCCAACUGCUGAUAGCAUUCAUUUGACUGGGAAAGUUGAAGAGGCAUUCCAACUGUAGAAAAGUGUCAGUGUUUUCAUAUAAAUUCUGUAUUAGCUAUAACUAUAUUUGCUUCAAACUGUCCCUUCUUCAUCUAGCAACAAGAUAGAAGUUCAGAGGUAGGUUAUCCUGGGAGAAACAAACAGGGUGAUAUCCUAAGCAGACAGCUGUUUGUGUGCAGAAUCAAUGUUAGGCUCCUUCCUUCAGCUCUUCCUUGACGUCCACAGCAUAUCACUUCAGCUUGAGUGUGGUCUCACUCUCUGCCUUCCUUUUCUCUGGCUCCUCCCACCUCCACCAGUUGCCCCAGUUUGGGAGCACCCAUGUGAGCUUAGCUGGAAACAUUCUGAGAUUCACUUGGAUUUGGGGUUCCUUCCCACAUAAUCUUAAAGUAAGGAUGUCCCUACUCUAUUCUGUCCCCAUGGAUAAAGUACCCUGUGCGCGCGCACACACACACCACCACCACCACCCAAAAAAAAAAAAGAAGAAAACUGACUACCCCUCAGAGGGACUUGUGAUGAAAAGCUCAGCUCCGGGGGUACUACCUGAGGAUGUGCCAUACCCUUUCAGACCAGCUGCUUCCAUUACAGUUCAGGGUCAAAUCCCAAGAAGCAGCACUGCCUCUGUGAAAGGCCUGCCGGACUCUGGCCCUCUCACUGAGGGGUCAGAGACAGGGUCACAGUCUUGUGGGCACGUGUUUAUCUCCCCAAGUUCUCUGACAGUCCCUGGCGGGACCCCUGACUCAUUUUAGUUUAUUCCUAGUGCUACUUUUACAAAAUACACUUUUUGUGGAAUUGAUUAGAUUACUUGUUUAUUUAAUGUGAGUUUGUGCCUUUUUGUCUCAAUCUUCCAAUACAGGUAUAUUGGGGUUGGGGGGAAGCAGUCUAAUAAAAUCCUAGACAGAG